GAUCUUUGGGCGGUGCGUACGCCACCGCCAGGACAAGAUUCCCACAAUAGCGAGCGAAAGAGUUUUGUUUUUUUCGAAGGCGGAGAGCUCGCUGGGCUGGUGGCUGCUUCAAUCAAAGAGAAGGCAGAGGGAAGGGAGGCUCUGCGGGGAGAUGUAAGAUGGCAGAGCUACAAAUGUUGUUAGAGGAAGAGAUUCCGGCCGGGAAAAGAGCGCUUGUGGAGAGUUACCAGAACCUUACUAGAGUAGCGGACUACUGCGAGAACAAUUAUGUCCAGGCCCAGGACAAGAGGAAGGCCCUGGAGGAGACCAAAGCCUACACCACGCAGUCCCUGGCCAGCGUGGCGUACCAGAUCAAUGCCUUAGCCAACAAUGUGCUGCAGCUGCUGGACAUUCAAGCAUCCCAGCUGCGCCGCAUGGAGUCUUCUAUCAACCACAUUUCCCAGACGGUGGACAUUCAUAAAGAGAAAGUGGCCAGGCGAGAGAUCGGUAUCCUGACCACCAAUAAGAACACAGCCAGGACUCAUAAGAUCAUAGCCCCCGCUAACAUGGAGCGCCCGGUCAGGUACAUCCGAAAACCCAUAGACUACACACUGCUGGACGAUGUGGGCCAUGGGGUCAAGCAACAUGGCAACAACCAGUCGAUCCGAAGUGGGACACUGUCGAGGACCAACCCGCCCACACAGAAGCCUCCCAGUCCCCCCAUGUCGGGGCGCGGCACGCUAGGACGGAACACACCAUACAAGACCCUAGAACCAGUGAAACCUCCCACAGUGCCCAAUGACUACAUGACCAGCCCGGCCCGACUGGGUAGUCAGCAUGGACAGCAGAACAGCCCAGGGCGCACAGCAUCGCUCAACCAGAGGCAACGCACGCACAGUGGCAGCAGUGGGGGCAGCGGCAGCAGAGAGAACAGUGGCAGCAGUGGGAUUGGCAUUCCCAUUGCUGUGCCAACACCCUCCAUCCCCAACUCUGGACAAGUGACCCCCAUCUCAGCUCCUCCGGGGGUCCCCCCUCCCCCUCCUCCCCUGCCUGGAUCAGCUCCACCAAUGGCAGCACCACUACCUCCGCCUCCUCCUCUAACAUCCUUAGCAGUGGCCCCCGGGCCUGGCCUUGGUCCCGCUCCCAUGUCCCAGUUUGGAACCAUGUCGCGGCAGAUCUCACGGCACAACCCCUCCAAUUCAUCCGUAUCCAUGGUUUCGGCCACGGGCACCUACCGCCGCGCUCCCUCCGUCACCUCACAGUUCUCACUCCAACAGCAGCAGCAGCAGAUCCAGCAGAUCCAACAGCAGCCUCACGUUAACGGGGGCACUCCUGGUUACGGCCAGAACUCAAUGCCCAUGGCCCCCCCUCCGCCCCCCAUGCCCCAGCUGACUCCACAGAUACCUCUGACUGGCUUUGUGGCCAGGAUGCAGGAGAGCAUUGCAGACACCCCAACCCCACCUCCACCACCCCCUCCUGACGACAUGCCUAUGUUUGACGAGUCUCCGCCCCCUCCUCCUCCACCCCCAGUGGACUAUGAGGAAGAGGAUGCGGCCGUGGUGCACUACAGUGACCCCUACGCAGAUGGGGAUCCUCAGUGGGCGCCCAAGAACUACAUCGAGAAAGUUGUUGCUAUAUACGACUACAUUAAAGACAAAGAUGACGAGCUGAGCUUCAUGGAGGGCGCCAUCAUUUACGUGGUGAAGAAGAACGAUGACGGCUGGUUUGAGGGCGUGUGCAGCGGCGUCACAGGCCUCUUUCCCGGAAACUAUGUGGAGAGCAUCAUGCACUACGCAGACUGAGGGACCUGCUCACUGUUAUAUCAUCUACACAAGACCAACCACCACCAGGCUUAAUGCCAACCAAAGAAACAUCUACUAGAGUUUUAAAAUGACUUGAAGUUAUUAGUUAUGAUCCAAGUAGGUUGAAAAGGUUGAAAUUAUUUACUUAGGCUGCAUUCAUACUUUCAUACACCACGUCAAAAACAGGAAUUAACUUAACGAGAACUAUUUAAGUAGGUCUGCAAUAGCACUAAACCAGGACCAAACAAAAAACAAGUGUGUGAACUCAGCCUCAGCUGCAUAAUGUUCCACUUAGCUACUAUAUUUACAACUUGUUUCAUAUUUUUGCUUAUUUUAUUUCAGUGGUUUGCUUGAAAACCAAAAUGUCAAGUCGUUUUUAUUUCAACAUUUCUAAUCUCAUUAAGGAAUAAAAUAAUGAUUACAUUUCAAUAAAACAUGAUUAUAUUUCAGAUUCAAGUCAGUUUUACUCCUGUAGAUAUUUCUUUGUUACAGUGCUAACUUAAGCAAACCCAACUGUAAGAUCUUAUUUUGAUAUGACCGAAUGUUUCUCUAAUUGAAUCUCUUAGCUUAUUUUGGUGUUAUUUGGGCAAAUGGGGGACAAUUAUGUAUGGAAUAUGUAAAAAAAAAAAAAGUUAUUAAAGUAUUGGACUGCACAUCUGAUGGUCACACUGCUGAAGGAUGUCAUCCCAGAGAUUUCCUAAUAGUGAACAAAAGUAUUGAAUGGCACCUCCAAUGUUUGUAUUUGUAAAUAACCGAUCGAGGUUACUUCAGUGUCAAUGCAGUGAAUGUCCAGUAUAUAGUAUAAUAUUUUCUCCAGACUCUAAAUGGACUUUAAAGUUACACUGUGUUACUUUUCUGGUGAGGCAUCCAUCUUUCCCCCACUGGUCUCCAUGGACAUGUUAUUGCUUUGCCUGGAAUGUUACACAAUAUGGUAUUACACUAAUCUAUUUAGCAUUGAUUGAAUGUGUUUUAUUGCUAAAAAAUACAUACAUCUGACCUGUAACUUGGCCUGUUAGUCCCGUUUGUUGAUAGAUUGAAUACCAAAAUGUGGGAUAUUCCAGCCAAAGCAAUAACAUCUCCAUGAAGACAAACAGGUACCAUAUCCUCUACCAUCAAAGUUACAUUUUGAAACUUAAAUACAGAUGGAUAAUUAAUGCUAAAUAAAAACUUAAUGUGUUGGAAGAUGGACUACAGUUGAGAAUCUUGUUGGUAAAGCAUGCAAAAUUAUAAAAUAUAACGUAAUCUGAAUUAGUUGCCAUUAUUUUGUAUUAUUUUAAUACACUGUUUUUAAGGUGCUGAAGAGACCUGUACCUUUUUUCUAAAUUAUUUCAUUUAAAAAGUUUUUUAGCAUCACAGGUUAGCAUUUUAAGAUGAUUGUCACGUCACUGUAUUUUAAAGGAGAUAAGUAAUUUCAUUCAUUGGUCUUUUUUCGCUUAUUCUUGGUUGGUUGUUGAGAUUAGAGCCAGGAUGCAGUUUGCGAGAUAUAUUUUACUUCAAUUUAGCUACUUGGCUAUUUUCUAUUAAUUUAACAAUUUUUUUAGGUUCUCUUGUUAUAAGGAUUCAAAGCAUGCCAAAGUAAAAAAAAAAACAUUGGUUCGGUAUCCAACAGUAACCAAGUGGUAGCAUAUUUGAUCGCUUAUAAGCUAUGAUGCUUUUAAUAUAGUAACAUUUCACCUACUAACUGAAAGCGUGUGGUGAAAAAAAUGAUGGUUUUUGAAAAUUUAAACUAAAAUGAAUAGAUGUGGUCAAUUGAACGCUGCCAAAGUUAUUCAAAAUUAUAUUCUAGAAUCUCUUUCAAUGUUUUCUUUAAUCAUUUUGUUUAGCAGGUGGUGUGCAGGGGUCUUUACACUGAAACUGGUGCCAGACUGCUGCGUGACAAUUCAGCCAUAACCAAUUUAGCUUGUAGACCUUUGAAAAGCAGUGCUGAUGAAUUUCUGAACCACAAUUGGUGGAGUAGAGCGGAUGUGAUUAACUUUUACAAUCAACUUCAACCAUACAAUGUCUCUCAGGUGCUAGCUAUUAUUGACAUGGCUUCCCAUAAUGUGUUCAUUAUCGCUGCUUCUUCAUUCUAUUGCUUUUACCCAGUAUGCUAUUAAAACCAAUGAAAAAGGUGGAAUUAAAGUCAUCUUUCAGCCCUUUUUUGUAUAUACAAUGUGUUGAUUGAAAAUUUAAUGUACAGUCUUUUAUAAUAAACAAUUCUAUGUACA